AUGGAGGAGGAGAUUUCUCAUCAUUGUAAGAGCCUCAAGCUUACGGAAGAGGAACAACAAGAAUACUACCUAAAGGAAGAGGAAAUUACGUUUUCUCAUGAUAUUAGCAACUCAUGCCUUGUUGCACUGGUAGCUGCAGACAGAGAAGUGAAUAAAGGAGCCUUCAAAGCAACAAUGACUAGGCUAUGGAAUGGUGAAGGUGGGAUUACUUUCAAAGAUUUAGGAAGAAACAAGUUCCUUCUCGAAUUUCACAACUCCACCGUGAGAACCAGGGUGUUAACUGGUCGUCCUUGGUCUUUCGACAGAAACCUAAUCUGUAUUCAGGAAUGCAAAGGCAGGUUAGCCUUAAAAGACAUCGACUUUUCUCUGGAACCUUUUUGGCUCCAACUCCAGGAUCUCCCUUUUGCUACGAUGAACAAAAGAACAAGUGAGAAGCUCGGGACCAGUGCAGGUAAGGUCAUCAUGGUGGAUGUUGAUGAAAAAGGAAGAGCAUGGGGGGAAGUCUUACGUGUGAAGGUGAUGAUUGACCUCUCUAAACCUUUGACAAGAGGUUGUGUUAUUAAUGUAGGAGAUGCUCGCUCCUGGAUACCUUUUAAAUACGAAAAACUACCUUCAUUUUGUUACUAUUGUGGGAUAGUUUUGCACACACAUCAUAGAUGUUCAAGACAUUUCUCAGAUGGUAGUACUCAUACUAAGUCACCACUUCAAUAUGGCCCCUGGCUUAGAGCUGAUCCACCUCAAAAUCCAAAUCACUACAAAACACAUUCUAACAGUCCAGAGGGGAAGACCACAGGCAAUGGUCGACAGGCCAACUCCGAUGAUCAAGAAUCUGAUUUUGGCGGGAAUAAUUUAUCUCAAAAGUCAGCUGAUUUCUCGCCAUUAGACCCGUGUGAUCCUGUGCAUCCAAACUCUACAUUGGAAAAGAACAGUGAAGGUGAAGACCUUGUGUCAACAGUAAAAAAAAAACAACCCCAACUUGUCUUGAGGGGUCACCAGUUGGAGAUGUCAGGACCUCACUUUCCAACAGGCAAUCAGACUCGUUGUGUAUGGACACCAAUAUGA